AUUCACCCACCAAUCACAGUUGAAUCAGUUGCAAAGAAAGCAAAAGGAUUGUUAUGGCUACGACGGGGUGGACACCUGGCUACACUCUCAAACUGAAAUUCGAUGGGAGACAGUCCCAUAAACUAAACGCAAACUCGUCCGUUCAUUACAGGCGUCGUUUUGGCUUCGCAACCAGAAUCUGUUGCACCUCUAAAAAUUACAACGACAACAACCAACGACGAUCCCAAUCCGAAGCUAUUCAAGUUUACACGCAAAUUGAGAGAUUACUUACAGAUUCUGUUAGACAAUCACAGGAUGCCUGGUGGGGUUCCACUGACUGGAAUGAAGUUGAGGGGGCAUGGAUUCUCAAACCCAAAAGCUCCGAACCCAAUUUUGUAGUACAUUUUAUUGGAGGUAUAUUUGUUGGAGCUGCCCCUCAGCUUACCUACCGUUGGUUUCUUGAGCGUCUCUCAGAAAAGGGUGUAUUGGUCAUUGCAACACCAUAUGCUAGUGGAUUUGAUCACUUCCUCAUUGCAGAUGAAGUACAGUUUAAAUUUGAUAGGUGCUACCGCACACUGCAAGAAACAAUCCAAGAGCUUCCUAUUUUUGGUGUUGGCCAUUCUUUGGGAUCGGUUAUCCACCUUCUGAUUGGAUCAAGAUAUGCAGUGCAAAGAUCUGGAAGUGUUCUCAUGGCAUUUAAUAACAAGGAAGCAAGUUCAGCCGUCCCUUUAUUUUCUCCAGUGCUUGUCCCAAUGGCCCAAACGAUUGGUCCACUUCUAUCAGAUAUUUUUUCGUCACCAACUCUACGAGCUGGGGCAGAGAUGACUUUGAAACAAUUAGAAAAUGUUAGCCCUCCCAUAUUGAAGCAGGUUCUUCCUUUAGUUGAACAGCUCCCUCCCUUGUACAUGGAUUUGGUCAAAGGAAGAGAAGAUUUUUCUCCAAAGCCUGAAGAGACACGUCGACUUAUAAAAUCGUACUAUGGCAUAUCCAGAAAUCUUUUGAUAAAAUUCAACGAUGAUUUAAUAGAUGAGACUUCAACACUAGCACAGGUGCUUAGUUCAGAAUCAGCCAUUAGCUCAGUGCUAGACAUGUCAAUACGCAAAUUGCCUGGAGAUCACGGUCUUCCAUUGCAGCAGGCCCUACCAGAUGUUCCACCAGCAAUGGCUGAUGCAGUUAACCGUGGAAGUGAGCUUUUGUCAAAUCUUACUAUAGGAACACCAUGGGAGACAGUUGCCAAAGAAGUAGGGAACACGCUAGGCAUGGAUUCAAGGGUCCUACGUGCACAAGUAUCGAAGGAAAUGGAUCACCUUGUAGAUGUGAUAGCAUCCUGGAUAGCCUCCAACGCAGGGCCUAAACUUCUGAGGCCGUAAGAUCACAAUUGCAUACAUGCUUCGUGUAAUGUACAGAAAAAUCAAAGUUUGCAUACACGCUUCUUUCUUCGUAUCUUGUAGAAUGCCAAU